AUGCGAUUCCACGUAAGUCCCUCGGUCAAAUAUUAUGGUGCCGAGUACACCGGUCACAGCGCCGACGAGUUUGGUCGAUUUUAUUAUACAAGCCGUGUAAACUACAAUUGCUAUCAAAUCGUUAUUCAGCAGCUAUAUUUUUUGUAACUCCGUGCAUAAUUUAAAUUGUUUGCCGUCCAAUUAUCUGUUUUUUUUUUUAAAUUUUAAUUCCUAAGUUUAUUGAAAAAAUAAAUGUCUAAAAUCGGUCCAUGUUCUUGUACAUUAUAGGUAUCUUUCGCUUUGCUCGCCGUGGUCGUGUGCUUCGCCGCCGCCGCCGCCGCCGAAGAUGUCAAAUCGUCGCAGUCGUCCGCUCAAUCCGCCAACGACCGGAGCAAACGCGGUCUGUUAGCCGCCCCGCUGGUGGCCGCCCCGUACGUAGCAGCACCGUACGCCGCAGCCCCGUACGUAGCUUCCCCGUACGCCGCCGCCCCGUACGUUGCCUCCCCGUACGCGGCCGCCCCUUACGCACUCGCUUCCCCGUACGCCUCUCCGUACGUCUCGUCGUACACCUCUUACCCGUACGUGGCCAAGACUUUGGCUUCCCCGUACACUUACUACCCGUGAACGAGCGAAGAUGGCCGAAUCCGUCAUUAACACCGUCGUCGUAAGAUAUCAGCUCUCUCAAUAAGCCACGUCUUACCGAAAUAAUUGUAAAAAAAAAAAUUGUCUAACCGCGAUUAGAAUGCACAUCUAUUCAAAAAUAUGUAAUAUUAUUUUGUUGACAUGUAAAUAAAAUUUCUAUUAUUCACAUAUCGUAUACAUUUUUGUUUUAUUUACUGCUAUACGUAGCUGCGUACUUGUAACCCGAUCACUGACAGAGACCAUCGAUUAGUCCAUAUAAUAAAAAACAAAAUACGUACCUAACCAAAAGCAAUAUGAUUUUAAAAACAUUUUUCUUUUAGUUGUAUUUUAAGUACUGUAAAAUUGUUAAAACACAUAUUUCUUUCAAUGUAUUGUAUACAUAACAUUGUAUACAUAAUAGGUACACAAUAUUAUUGUACACAAUGUAUCAAAUUGUUUGUACCAAUAAUAUUAAAGAGUAUUUUAAUGAAUAACAAUAUGCCGGGCAACGAAAAUCACUCAAAGAAGAGCACCUCGAUACAUGAUAUAAUUUUUAUAUUUAGUCGACACAAAAUACACGAUACAAGUAUCGGUGAUAUUUAAAUACAGUAUUUUAAAUUCCGAUAUAAAUAGUUCAUACGGUUUGGGCAUUAUUUCUCUUCAUUUUAAAUACAUGUCUAGUUAUCUUUCAGAGAAAUUAAUAUUUAGAAAACGAAAACACGCAACCAAAAAAACAACCAUUAGCUUUAGGUACUAAAUUGAAAAAAAAAAUUAAAUCUCUAGGUUUAAACUGUACAAGUAUUGAUGGGGGUAUCACAAUGAAGAAAAAUUACUUAAAUUUCUUAUUAUUAUUCGAGCCGAAAUUCGAGUGAGACAAAAAUAGUGACCAAAAUACGCAAUCGUAAGAAAUAACUAGGAUUUAAUGUAAUUAAUGUAAUUACAAAUACCAGUUAUAAAUUGCAAUGUUUACAUAUACCUAUACGAACAAAUUAUUAUGAAAUAAAAAUAAUCGGGACAAAUAUUACAAUAUCAUAGCCAAAAAAAUGUGUCAACCAAAAUUUAAAAUGUCUCAUAAUAGUUUUAAAGAAACGUCAGAAUCAUUUGAAUUUUCUAUCACGUUUAAAAAGUGCUAGUUUAAAUGUUCGAUGAAGAUCUCUGCAAUAUAUUUUAUCAAAUAAAAAUAUUGCGAAAGUAGAAUACAUUUAGUCAGUUAAUUUAUAUCUAUACGCUAUGUAAACUAUUGCUAAUAAAAAACUAUUCUGGGCGACAUUCGGUUAUACAUAUUUCGAAAUGUCGUCAUUUUUACGAUUUUCGUCAAAAUUUAAACACAUAAAUUUAAAUGCUUAUAAAAAAACUACUCCGUUACGUUUAACUUUUUUCCGCACUAAUUACAACUUAUGAACAACCUUGUCUUAAAUGAAUUUAUGUCGAAAUGUCACUAGCACAAAAAUGUCACAGCAUUAAAAUUAUUUAUUAUAAGCGUAUUACUGUGUGCGGAUAUCCCGUUGUCUCCAAAUACAAACAAUAAAAUAGUUAUCUAGUUAUCAGUUGGUUUUCAAUUUCAUUAGCGCAUAAAUGCGUUUACUGGUUUAUAUAAAAUCUGAUGACCCGACAAAUAAAAAGAAAUGUAAAGGCCAAUAAUUAGAGAUAUCGAAAUAUACAAAACAAAGAUAUGAAUUAAAAUUAAAAAAAAAAAAGGUUGGAUAAUUUCUAAUACCUGUAAAAUGUUAAAAAAUGGACAGACUAUUUUGAAGGUUUGACUUGAGAGGCUAAUCGCUAAUCAUUCAAACAAAAAUUAAUCCAAAUCAUAAAUUCUGAAACCGUUUACGGAGAAAACUUUCCUGUGAUUUCUUAGUCCCCUCCCGGGUUCUGGUAAAUUUGUGGUAAAAAAAAAAAAACAAAAACAGAAACAAAAAUCGAAUAAAUAAAAACUCAUGCCGUUAACGCCGUAAAUUUGUUUAGUUUGCCAUUACGGGGGUUUUUUUUUUCUAGGUUUCCCAAUUGUUAUGUAAAUUGCAACUAAUGCAACAAACAAGUUCUCUUGUCAUUUUUCGAUUGAAGCAAGAUAAUGAAACAAGAAAAGUUCUUCAAAGACAGAAUCUAAAAAUAAACACAUUUCAUAGUAAAAGCGAUUCGUACAAUAAAAUACAAAAUCGAUUUUAACAGGAACAUCGUUGUUGCGUAAAAUGAUUUAAUAUUCCCGGUUUUAUAAUCUGUCUUUUCGGUUUUCCCCGUUAUUAAGAAAACUAUAAAAAAAUGUUAAGUCAAAAAUUAACCCCUCACAAACACGUCGAAUUGACGAAAUUUUCUACCAGAAACCAUCUCUUAAGUUGACAACCGGUGCAAGAUUUCCGACGAAAAGCUUGUCCGCAGUAGGAGAAUCAUUCCCGCAUCACUAUAUACGGGAUACAGGCUGUCCCGCGAAGAUAUACCCCUUGAAUACCCCCGGAGAUAAUAAAAAUAAUCAAAUUCUGAUUAAAAAAAUUAAGUUUUUAUUUUAUUAUUUUCGGAAAAUUUUAAGAUAGUUUUUCUGUAGAGUUUAAUUUUUUGGAAAUUUUAACGCAUCACAAAUUUAUAUCUGAUGAAUAGUUUCUAAGUAACAGCCGUUUUAAAUUUUACUAAUCCGUGUGAAGAUCGGCGCGAUCUAGGGAACAAUCUAACCGCGUUACGCGAUAAUAAACUCUACAGAAUGGCUAUUUUCAAAUUUUCCGAAAAUAAUAAAAUGAAGAGUUCAUUUUUUACAAAAAAAAAAAAAAAAAUGGAAUUUAAAAAUAAAUAUUUGUAGUCCCUCGUCCCUAGUUUAAAAAAAAAACCAAACGCAUUCGCUCGGGAUCCGAAAACAAUGAAUAAACGAUCACGCCGGUCGUCGAUAAAAGUGAAACGCGUACUGCUAUCUUGUCCGCGCCCGAGUGGCGAAAGUCAUUACAAAAUCGAUCAGUUUUAAUACACAGACGUUUUAGUGUCCCGCGAUUUUACAACGUAUCGAUUAUCGGUUUUCGCGCGCGCCCGUCGCUCGUUUGGCAGCGUCGCCGGUUUCUCGGUGAAAACGUGCGGGCGGCCGCGUCGGCCGGGGCCAAACGGGCGCUACCCGGUCCGUCGCGUUUAUUCCGCGCGAGUUCCGCCGAUUCACCUUCGGCGGGCGGACGGGACGGGACGGGACGGGUCCGACGCGCGCUUUCAAACGCAAUGACGGCGAAACGGAACAGUCGCUGUCGUCUUUAUCACUGACGACGAUCGACGAAUAACAAAUCGCGCCCGUGCGGCGCGUGGCGGUCUAUUGAAUUGCGCUCGGGCAUUCGCGUGUUAAACGCGACACAACAGUGUGGCGGCCGCCCGUAAUACAAUUACGCGUGCCGGCUACUCCGAAUACGCGGUCGCCAACGUACGCGAAUCGGUUAAUCGAAAUUCGUUGGCAGGAUGCGAUGGUUUUUUUUUUUUUUUUUUGUCUCCGUAAUGUAAAUCGAAUUACAUUCUAUUCUGUUCCGCGCGACGCCGCGGCACCACGUAAUAUUUUCGUGUGGCCGGGUCUCCGAUUUCGUUCCAAAAAACCAAAAACCUUGACACGCCGGACACGCGGUCAAAUUUUUAGAUUCCGAACGGAACGAAGAAUGUAUUGGUUUUACAAUGAUGUUUAUUUUAUUUUUUUUUCUACGCGAACGCUCUUUCUACCGGAUAGCGUACUCCGACUAUCAAGUAUGGCGCAUUUUCUGAAAGGAAACGUACAUUAAAGGGGGUCAUUUUUUUUAAAUUCUCAUUAACAUUUGAGGGAACGGCCAAAAUCUGGUUCUUUAGGUUGAAAAAUAUUGAAAGAUUAAAAACAAGGUUUUCAGUGGCAACAAUUUUUAUUUAUUUUUUGUUAUGAUAAAGUUUUUAUUAUUUUAGAUAUUUUUAAACAAUCAUUUUUGUCAUAGAAACGCUCAUUGUUGUAAUAAUUUUACCAUAAUAUGACAUCAGUACAUAUAAAUUGUUGACAAAGCAACACUAUCAACUGAACUCCGCUCAGAAUAGUUUUUCGUUAGCAAUGGUUUAUCAUUGCUUAAAGAUAUAAAUUAUAUAACUGUAUGUAUCCCACCCUCCCAACUACCCACCUUCAAACAGUGGACGUACCAGACUUCAGUAUGAGCUCUUUUUCUUGCCCCCCCCCCCAAAAAAAAAAAUAAACGUGUAAAAUAUGUUUACAAUCGAAUUGGUUUUUUGUAGAACAUUGUUAAAAUAUGCAAAAAAAUUAUUAAAUUUCCUGUUUAAACUUUAGGGCCUCUAACCUAUAUUUGUAUCUCAGUCUACCGUAAAAUAGGAGUUGAGUUUUGACGGAUAAUCGUGAAAAGCUACAGUCUACCAAUCGAUAGAUUGAAGACCGGAAGACGAAAACGACUUGCAUAAUUUUGAUAUUAACAUUUUUCGUACUACUUACCGUGGUGGUCUCAGUACACCGUAUAGAUAAUAUACUUGUCAUCAGACGUCAUUAUAAAAAUAAAGAACCGACGAAAAUUAAUUAUAAUAAUAUUAAUUAUACAAUUAUAUCUGCAGACGAAUUUGUAAAGUUCAGUGUCUCUCCGGGGGUGAGCUAUUUAGACAAUCGUUUUAUUAAUAAUUAUUAUCGUUAAAUGACUUUUGUAAUAUAUUAUUUCUGUUUCUAUUAUUGCUUAUUCAGCCUCCUAUAGAAAUUGAAUAAUGGACGAAAUAUUAGAGCUUCGUCACAGCGAUGACAGCCAAAAUAUUAAUGAAAAUAAAAUUUAAAUUGCCCAUGACAACCGUUAAAACGGUAUUUAUUUUUUUUUUUUAUCCGUAUAUCCGAGGGAAGCCAACUAUCGAUGGGAAAAAAGUCCGAAAAUACCUGGACCGCGUCAACCAGUUUAUAGAAAUUGAAAUUUAAAUAUAAACGGACAUACUUCACACGAAGUAAAUGGUAACGGUUAUACAAAUACAUGUUUUAAAAAGCCGUAAUAUUUAAGAUUUGAAAAUAAUACAUUAUAUAAUAUAUACACAAAUAAUAAUACAUUUCGUAAAUUUUCCUACGUUUUUUUCCCGGGUUUUUCAUUUAUUAUGAAAACAUCUGUGAAAAUAAAAAAAUUACCUUCAUAAAGUGUCACCUCAGUCAGAUUUCUAGAACAAAAUUUCUGGUAAAAAAAUUGUUCAAAAAAAAAAAAAAAAAAUCAUUGUAAAAUCAAUACAUUCCUCGGCCAGCUCAGAAUCUAAAAUUUGCCGUGCCUCCACAGCAUAGGUAUAUAUACCAUUAGUAUACGUAUUCUACAGUUGUAAAGUCAAAUGAUAUAAAAGAUAAAUUAGUUUGUAUACAGUAUGUAUUUACCGUUUAAUACUUCGAGUCAGAAAACAAUUCUGAGCCGGCUAGUUGUCGUGGAAACUAUACAUGUUGUUAAUGUUGGGAAUUUAAAAAAAAAGACGGGAGGGAGGACGGGAUAGGCAUCUUGGUCAAAACUAACAACUUCAUCGUUACACUCAUCAUGAUCUAAAGUCCGAUUCAAAUGUGAUAUCAAUACAUUUUUCCGUUUAUACUUUCGGAAUCGCACAUCUUGGAGUGUCAUAUUAUAGUUUUUGUCGUACACUACACUCAAAACACAAACACUCCUUCGCGCGCGAACAAACACACAAAAAACAAUUUAUUUGAUUGCACUAGCUGAUUAAAUUUAUUAACCGCCAUAUAAAGUUUUAUUUAAAAAAAAAAAAAAAAAAUCACGCAUCUAUAACACCCGUUUAAUACUCGUUUAAUAAUACUCGUAUUAUGUUCUUAAAUAAUCGUUUCGUUCGGUUAUUACAUAUUUCAUCACGCGAUCAAACGUUAAUUAUAGUUGUUGGAGUAACUUAUGAAUAUAAUAUAUAAAUUGUUAAUGUUUGAUUUUACGUUAAACUGCCUACAAUACGUUAAAACCAUAACUGUAACGAGUUUAUCGAGGAAAAACAGUAAAAUUAUAUUGAUAAAUACCCGUUGACAUGUUAAUGUGAUAAUAAUAAAAACAAAUGUUGCACUUAACCGUUGUAACAUAAAUAACCGUAAUCGAUUUUUAUUUUUUUUCAAAAGCAUGCAUUUAUAUAUAAGUAUACAUAGUAUAUACAUUUAUAUUUAAAAAUAGGGACAAACUUCGCACCACGAGUGAACCACUGUUGUAAGUGAGAAGUUGGAAAGGCAGGAGAAUAGAGGAGAAAUAGAGGAUAAUUUAAUUUACAUCUGCAGUCAUAAACGACAAUAAAACCAUUGCUAACGAAAAACGAUUCGGAGCGGAAAUCUGUUAUACAUAUGUUUUAAAUUUAUUUAAAGAGCCGUAAUAUUUAAGAUUUUCGUAAAAAUUUAAUAUCCUCAUAAAAUGCAAUUUUAUAUUACACUCAGUUUUAAAUUUUUUUUUUUUUAACCACAGAGUACGUUUUAUAAAAAAAAAUUCACCGCAGGUUAUUGUAAACCUAUUAAAUUUCCAUGCAUUUCUAUUUAGUCUAACAAUUUUAUCCACGAAGUACCCGCUAGUUAAAACGUCUAUAAAUAGCUCAAAAAUGACUUGAAUGUUUUGAAAACUAUACCAAGUCUAAAAAUGGCAAUUGUAAGUUUUCGUCCAAAUGUCCAGUCUCAACGAAUUUGUUCAAAUGAAUGACAACAAAAAAAACAACAUUGAAAAAAAUAAAAGUAAAAUUUCGAACAUUUUCCCGUACUUUUUGCAUUUUUUUUCUGUUUUGCUUAAUUAUUAAAAAAAACUACAAAGAAAAUCAAAAAAACGACUCUCUUGUUCAUCAACUAGAUUACAAAAUUUACAAAAAAAGGUCUCUUGUCAUUUAUCUAUCGGAGUAAUAUUUAUGGUAGAAAACAUAAGCCGCAAAUAUUUAAAAUGAUGAAAUCUUGCCGUGGUUUGAAAAAAUCGUAUAUUUUGUCAUUUUUUGUUUUUACCAAUUAUUAUAAAAAAAAGUACUUAAGAUAUCAAAAAACAACUUUCUUUGUCAAUGGCUAUGUGUUAAUUUUUCGAUUGGAAUAAUAUUCCUGAUAGAAAACAUAAGUUGAACAUUUAAAAUAAUUAAACUGGGACACUACGUUGCCGUAAAUAUUAAUCAAUUUUUUCCGGUUUUUUGUAAUUAUUGUAGAAACUACUUGAAAAAUCGAAAAAUAGACUAUCUUAUUCCCCAGCUAGAUUGAAAAUUCAAUAACAAUGAUGUCAUGUCAUUUUUUUCUUGAAGCAAUAUUUCUGAUAGAAAACAUAUGUUACAAAACUAUAAAAUUAUGAAAUCGUUACGCCGCGGCGAUUUAUUACUACGUUUUUCCCAAUUAUUAUGAAAAUCGCUUGGCAAAUUAAAAAAUGACCUCUCUAAAGUACAAACUAAAUAAAAUUGUACACAUUAAGAAAGAAUAAUAAAUAAAUAUAAUUUUUAACCAAUACAUUACUUACUACACUCCGAUUCUAAAAUCUUUUUUUUGGUUUUAAACCAAAGCCGUUACACUGGAAAUAAACUGUCAACAAAAGAACGGUUCGAAAGACGUUCGGGAAUCGUUCGAUAGUCGGACAGAACACUCUUUUGUACCUAUCCGUUUAAAACAGUAAAAAAUGAUCGAUCUUAUAAAAAAUAUUCAAAACUAAACAACUAGGCGUCGUACAAAACACAAAACUAUAUUAUGCUCGCAGGAGAGCGUAACUAAACUUCGAGAAAUUAAAUCGUUAUGAUAAUUAUUAUUAUAAUAUUAUACGGUAGUACAUUAUUAUUAAUUUAAAAUGUAUUACGCGUGAAAUCGUACUUUUUGGAUAAUUAAAAAAUAAUGUUCGUUAAAACCUUGUUUUCGCUUGGUGCGCGUGAAAAUGGUCAAUGCGAUUCAGUACUUUUCAGUAGAGCAAAUAUAAACUUCAACUGAAAAAGCAAGAUCAGCGUUUCAACAUUUUUCUAUAAUUUAAGUACUGUGAGAUUUGAUGUUUAAAAUAAUUUUUAAAUUUCAACGUUCAAAAUUCCUUUUUUUAAAUUUUUUUUAUCAAUUUAAAAAAUAAAAUAAAAAGUUACUUGACAUAAUAUGAACAUUGUUUUAAAUUAUUUUUCAGUGACUUAACUUAAUUGAAACGAUAUUCAGGAAACGUGUAAUAUGAAUUAAUUUACCUUAACUUUUUUUACACGGUGCACUUGAAAAACGCCGUGUAGUUUAAGUCGUUGCUGCAAUAUGCGACAUAACUUAAAACACACGGAAAACUGGAAAAUAAUGACUUAUCUUAAAACACCAGGUUCGAUGGAGGAAAAUUUUCGUCAUUUUUUUUUUUUGUUGUAAAUAACUUAUUUAUCAUAAUUUGGUGAUUUAAAACUUUUUCGAAUUGUUAAAAUACUUCGAAUAUCAAUUUUUUUAUGCAAUCAUUUGCAUAUUAGUCAAAACUCGCGCUACCGAAAACCGAUGAAGGGAUAUAAUUGAAUAUGUACCGACUCCAAUGCGUUUUGGUCAGCGAUAAGUAAUACAUUAUACGAGAGUUGUAUAAAAUGAUAACCAGGUGAGAAAAUACCAGCCAAAAAAACUGUUAGUUUUUCCGGAUUAAAAAUUAAACUAUCGUGGAAUGACCAAAAUUCGAUAGUCUAAAUUUCCAAGUAUGGGGCUAUUACUCUCUCCCACGAGCCCCUCCAUCGCCGGCCCUGAACGAUUGCAAUCGUGCAAAAGUGAUCGUGAAACAAGCCAAACAAGUGAAUUUUGAACAAAACUAGGUGUACAAAUCAAAUGCGAUUAUAUUGUUCAUUGCGAAAUACGCAAUAAAAGGCAAACGAUAUCCGCGAGUUGCGUUUGUCCGAAAUUACGACGAAAUAUUAUACACGUUAAACUGGUCGCAUGUUGUCUGUGUGUGUUUGUCAACAACUGCGGUUGUGAUACGGACGAAAUGUAUUUGUCAUAUCUACCUGCCUACAUUAUAAUAACAAGAGUGAUAAUAAUAUUCCGUGUCCGUGCCUGCAUAAUAUUAUACAACGUUCGAGAAAUUUGGCAAACAAUGGCGGCCCGUCUGGAAGAUAAAAUUUCAAACGGCCUCUGUGACAUUUAUCUUGAUGUCACGAUAUCGUAAUAUAUCUUGGCACCGGCGUCCGUUUUGUAAUUGGACGCCCACACUAUCGGUAUUACGACGAACGUUUGUCGCGCGUGCAGAAUGGCGAAUCGGGCGUCACUAUGGGGCGACCGGACGGUAUAAAACGGACCCUCCGACCGGCGGUUAGCAUCACUCGUCGUCCGUCCGUCAUCCGCGGCCAUACAACAGUAACAUUUCGUCGACACCCGUUCGCCAGCGCACUCAACCGCACGAAAUCGCCAUGCAAUUCCAAGUAAGUACUCUUUUUUUUUUUUUCUUUUCUUUUGAUAAUUCGUCCGAAAUUUUCGUCUUUCGAAUCCAAACACGUUCUAUAAUAAUGUCUAAUAAUACGCUCUUGUACAUUAUAGGUAUCUUUCGCUUUGCUCGCCGUGGUCGUGUGCUUCGCCGCCGCCGCCGCCGCCGAAGAUGUCAAAUCGUCGCAGUCGUCCGCUCAAUCCGCCAACGACCGGAGCAAACGCGGUCUGUUAGCCGCCCCGCUGGUGGCCGCCCCGUACGUAGCAGCACCGUACGCCGCAGCCCCGUACGCCGCAGCCCCGUACGUAGCUUCCCCGUACGCCGCCGCCCCGUACGUUGCCUCCCCGUACGCGGCCGCCCCGUACGCACUCGCUUCCCCGUACGCCUCUCCGUACGUCUCGUCGUACACCUCUUACCCGUACGUGGCCAAGACUUUGGCUUCCCCGUACACUUACUACCCGUGAACGAGCGAAGAUGGCCGAAUCCGUCAUUAACACCGUCGUCGUAAGAUAUCAGCUCUCUCAAUAAGCCACGUCUUACCGAAAUAAUUGUAAAAAAAAAAAUUGUUUAACCGCGAUUAGAAUGCACAUCUAAAUAUGUAAUAUUAUUUUGUUUACAUGUAAAUAAAAGUUUAAUUCUUCACCGUAAACACACGUAUAUUUGUUUCUCAGCACCAAACUAUACCUUAUAUCCCGACCGCUUACCGAAAACUACAGACACCGGUAUAAAAAAAAAAAAAAAAAAACACAUAUGAUUACGAUAAAACAUACUUUGGUAUCUUACAUAUUACAUCGGGAUACCAUGUUAAGUUAAGAAGCGUUUUGAUAUGGUAUUGAAUAAUACGGGACACAAUAGUAUUUGUAGAUAAUUUUGUGUACAAAACAAAUUAUGAACACCCUAUAGUAUAUAUUAAAACGUCACAACUCUCCAAACAAAUAUUUUUCUUUUCGAAAUGUGUGAGUUUAAUCAAACCUUGAAAGAAAUUGAUCAAUAAUGCGUAUUUCUAUUUACAAUAUAGUUUAAGAAUUAUUAAUUUACUUAAUACACUAGAUAUACUUUAUAUACAGAGACCUCAAACUUAGGUUAUAAACUAGUAGGCAAGAUAUAUAGAAAAUAAAAUCCAACGAUUGUAUACCUAGCAAUUUCUCGAGAAAGGGACUAAAUAAAUAAUACAAAAUGUCACGGUCACUAUUCUAAAGCUAAAAGCCACAGCUGUAGGUGGAAGGUAUGAUAUAAAUGAUAAUUUAGUGCAUUAUAAUAAACGAAAAUUCAUUGCAAACGGAAAAUGGUUCUGAGUGAACAAAUUAAAAUUUGGUUCAACUUGUUUUAAUAAAGUUAAAUUGAAAAUUGUAUUGUCCUACCAAACAUGUGAUUAAGCCAUCAAGAGUAUAAGCUAACCCCAAACGACAAAUAUAUUGAUUUAUUUUUGAUGAUACAAAAGAAAAAAAAUAGUUCAAUGUACCUACUUAAUAUAAUAGGCAAAUUGCUAUAAUACGGUUUCAAAUAAAAAUGAAAUACACUUUUAUACCAAAACGUAUACGACCUGUAUUGUACUAUAAUAGUAAUGUUUUAUAAUGUAUAGUAUGUAAUAUUUAAUACAUAUAAUUACUUAAAUAUAAUCCAUUAAAAUAUUAACAUUUAAUGUUUUAUAAUAAAAACAAAAACUAUUGCCUAAAUUAAUAUUAAAUCUUUAUAAUGAUUAUAUUUGGAAAUACAAUAAAAUAUUGUUUUACAGUUUUAAUUUGUUUUUUUACUAAUUUGAAAAAUAUUUAAAAGAUUUAAAUUUUCCAUGUGGUAUUCUCAGAUUCUCUGCAGGUCAUAAUUUAACACAAAUGCAUAACUUUAUUCUCGCAAGAAAUAAUAAAAUAAUUACAUCAUUUUCCGUGUAUAGGUUUAAAAUUCGAAGGUAUUAGCAAGUGAAAAAGUUAAAAUUUUACUAAUUUUAACUUUUAACUUAGGUUAAAACGUUUGAUUAUGAUUUUUGGUUUGUUUUCGGUUUUCAAAAAUACCUCCAAUUUUAAAAAAAAGUAUCAACAUUUAUUUUACAUUUCAAUGACCACCUUAAUAGUCAGGUUUUUUCACUAAUUUACUGAUCGAUACCCAUUUAAAGGAAAACAGCCGUCCAGGCAAAAAUAUCGAAAUUACGUUUAACGGAUUUAAAUUUUAGAAAUGCAUUAUUAUUACCUUUAAAUUAAUUUAUAAAUUAAUUAAUUCUUUUGUAAAUAACUUUACAAAUAAAUAAAUACUUUAGGUUAUUUUUCAAAUAUUUUCAAAAAUAUAAUCAAAUUUGUAUGAUAUCCAUUAAUAAAUUUAAUUUUUAUUUCCAUCACAUUUUAUAAUGGAUUUUAAAUCCGUUUUCAAAAUUUAAAUCUGUCAAACAUUUUUCGUACACUUUUAUCUGGUUUUUAGGUUUUAAUUGACUUAAAAGUACACAGUCAUCAAUACUGAGAGAAAGAGGACGUUAUACCCGCAUCUAUUGUCUAAAUCCAACCUACCUGGUAACAUACAAAAACAAUGCUUAAGCAGAAUAAGUGAAACUAGCUUAAUUUUGAUUUUAGAGUAAAAGUACCAAUUAUGAAAUUUAUAGAGAACAAUAUUUUGGAGGGAAUUUCAUAAAUGGUUUUUGAAUUAUAAACUAUUAAAAAAGUUAGUUAUAAAAAAAAUAUAAGGGUUUUUGUAUCUUUUAUAACGAGUUGCAUAUUUUGAAUAAUAUAAAAACCCUAUGACCUUCCCUCUAAAAAGUUGUUCUAAAAAUUAAGUUAGUUUUACUUAUUCUGCGUAAGCAUUGUUUUUACAUCCGGUAGCUGGACUGAAACGGAAGAUGCGGGCAUAACGUCCUCUUAAUUUAACUUUUCCCUAAAUAAUUAACUUAAUAAAAAUGAUGAGUUAUUAAAUUAUGCUAUUUCAAGUUAAUUUCAAUAAUGAUUGUAAUUAUUUUAAUUCUUAUUUUUAACAUAGUAUUCAUUUAGAAUCUGUACAACAAUUGAAUAGCUGGUACCAUCGCAUAAAUAAUAUAAUAUAUAUUAUUUUUACUCAAUAGGGUACAUUAUGGUGUUCCGAAUUGAAAAUAAGUACCUGCUAUAAUUUUCAUAUUCCCCUUGUGAUAAACUACAUUGAUUAUCCUUGUUUUCAAAAAAUAUGCAUCGAAUCUAAAAAUAUAUUGUAAACGUUGUCAAAAUCGUUACGUGUAUUUAAAUAAAAUAAAAUAGCAAACAAUUCAAAAAUUGUUCUUCGUUAUAAAAGAAAAAAAAGAUACGGACAUACUUCCCACGGCGGGCCACUGUAGUAGAUGAGAAGUUGGGAAGGUAGAGGGGAAAUUUAAUGUAUAUCUGUACGCUAUAAUUAACCAUUACUAGCAAAAAACGAUUCUGAGCGGAGUUCUGUUAAUAAUGUUGCUUUUUCAUCAAUAUAAUAUACGUCAUAUUAUGGUAAAAUAAUUACACGUGCAUUAUAUAUUUUCUUCAAUAAUAUUUGUUUAAUAUUGUACCUAUUUUCCCGGUUUUUCCCAUUUAUUAUAAAAACAGCUGGGAAAAACAAAACAUGACCUCUUUAAAGUACCACCCCAGUCGGAUGUUUUUUCAGAAAAAGUGCUAUAAGUAAUUGAAAAUCGGAACAAAAUUUCUGGUAAAAAAGUUGUUCACAGAUUAUAAAAACUAAUUCAUUCCUCGCUUCACUCAGAAUCUGAAAACAGUAAUAAAAUAUAACCUAAAACAGUGCUGGUCUUCAAGGUAACUCUUAUGGAUCCAAUAUAAAAGUUUGCUGUUAAUAUGUUAUUUAAAUGAGUACUGCGUGUAUGCAGUAUAAUUUGUAUUAUUUGGCAACGCUGCGUGGAAGUAAAAAUUAUGUAGCACGCCCAAUCAUACGUCUAAAAGGGUAUCGCCGAUAAGGACCGCGCGCGAUCGCGCUCCACCGGAAAAACUGUCAUAUCCCGAAGAGCGUUCCAAUUUCGAUAAUUAUGUAUAACCUUGUUGGAAAAAGGAAUACUUUCUAUGGAACGUAUUAGAACUCCGUUUUUAAAUAUUUACAUCUCAAACUACAUAUAUUACGUCUUUUUAAAAAAGAAUGAUUGGAAAAUAUUAUGUUAGCAACGAUUUAUCCCGAUAACGUUCACGCAUUUCUCUCCGUAAAAACGACGAAUUCAUUUCCCCGAAAUGGGUAUCGUGGAGUAGAUUGGCAGAAAGUUCUAUAUACAAGGCGUAUUUAUGAUGCACAUUAAAACGUUAAAAAUAAAUAUGUUAAUAUUUUUGAAAAUUGUAGGUAGCCCGGAAAACCGGUGAAAAUCUGGUCACUUAACGUUCCCAGCCCAGUAAAAUUGUAUAAACUGAAUCCAUAUAAUAAUACCUUCGUAUUAUAGGCCUUGUUAUACUAUUACGAAAUAUUGACAUUUCGAAUAGAAUUUACAUAGAAUUGAGAGAUUUUAAUAUGAUCUACCACGACGUCCUGCACAAUAGCCAUUAGGAAUUCUUAAAGCGUAUUUUAAGGUAUGCAAUAGGUCGUAUGUUACAAUAUAGUUUAUUAGUUAUUUUAUUUAAGUAUAUUAAUAUUAUUACGGCAAUGACCUUGCGAUACGAUUCCUCACGUCCUGUUUUCACUUGAACAAUCGUUAACUGUACAAGUUCUUAUAUUGUAUUGUACGAAAUAUUUCUAUAAUAAAAUUAAAAUGUAUUAUCUAUUACGUUUUGAACUUAUUUGGACAAGGCCGUUUGUGUAAAAUAAAAUAAUAUAGUUCAUACAAAUAUCAAAUGCACACAAAUAUGAAAUGUUAUUGACGUGUUAAUAAUAUCGUGAAACCGUCACGUAGGUACCUAACUGGUUAAAAACAGAUAAUUUCACAGAAAUUAAAACAUUAUGCAUUUUUUAUGUAAUUUCGACUGCUAACGCCCGCAUGAAUAAGUACAUAGUAUGGCAAAAACUACGUUUUCAAAUUUGUAAAAAUACUUGAAAACGUAAUAAAUGAUUCGAAAAUAAAUAUUUUUAAAUAGAUCUAUUUCUAAACGUCUUCCAUUUUUGAUAACAUAAAUUCCUUCCCACUUCAUAUAGAUUUAGGACGGUCUCAAGAGAGGUGUAGUUGAAAAUAUGCUGGUGUUUUAAUAAAAUCAAAGUAAAUAAAUCGAGUUUAAUGUUCGAUCAAAUUUAAAAAAGAUAGCCAUACUUCGCACGUGGGUGCAGCCACUGUUGUAAGUGGAAAGUUGGGAAGGUAAGAUACAGACGGGAAUUUAAUGCAUAUCUGUAUGCAACGAUAAACCAUUGCUAACGAAAAAACGAUUUUGAGCGGAGUUUAAUUGAUAAUGUUGCUAUGUUAACAAUAUAAUAUAUGCCAUAUUAUCGUAAAAUAAUUACAUAUGCGUUAAACAUUUACUUUAAUAAUAUUUGUUUAAUAUUGUAAUUACCCAUUUUGCCGUUCUCCCGUUUUUUCUCCGUUUAUUUUUGACUUUUCUAAUAUAUCGAGAAAACUCCUGAGAAAAACAAAAAAACCACCUACUUACUUAAUGUACCUCCCCAGUCAAAUUUCCUUUAGUAAAAAGUACUACACUUGUAAAUCGGAGCAAUAUUUCUAGUAUAACAGUUUUUCGCAGUUAAAAAAAAAAAAAAUACAAAUAAACAUCAUUAUGAAACCAUAAACUUCUUCGCUCCAUUCAGAAUCUAAAAUUAUCUUAAAUAUUUUUUCGUUCAAACAUGUCGCUGUUAGAGCUCAAGUUAAAUGUAACUUUUUGAGGCACACUUUUCUUACACAUUCCAAUCUCGUUAUUUCAUUGGAAUGAUGGCACGCGCGAACUGCGAACUGCUGUUUUUUAGAUUAAGAAGUGGAGCGAAAAAGAUUAUGAUUUCACAAUGGUGUUUAUUAUUAUUUUUUUUUUUUUCUGCGAAAAAAAUUUCUACCCGAAGUUUUACAAGUGUAGCAAUUUUUCUGAAAGGAAGUUUUACUGGGGAGGUACAUUAAGCAGGUGGUUUUUGAUUUUCUCAAGAGUUUUCUCGGUAUAUUAGCCAAAACAUAAACGGAGAAAAAACGGGAGAACAGUAAAAUAGGUGUUAAAUGUUAAACAAAUAUUAUUUAAGUAAAAUUCGAAAGUGGCAGGGCUGACGAAACGGAGCUAAUGUUUAAUGCACACAUAAUUAUUUUACCACAAUACGGCGUGCAUACUGUUGACGAAGCAACACAACCAACCGAACUGCGCUCAGAAUCGUUUUUUUCGUUAACGGUGGUUUAUCGUUGAAUUACAUUAAAUUACUUAUAACAGUAGCUGCACCCCAUUAUCCAAGGUCGUCUUUUUUUUUUUUUUUUUAUUUCGUUUGUACGUUAUUUAAUAAUAAUUUUUUCCGUCCGAUUAUCAUCACUCCGAUCGCUCACACUCACCAUACUCCGUCAUUGUCCAGGCCGUACGUGAAAAAAAAAAAAAAAAAAACCUAAUAUCUCAGCCGCUAUGUAGUCGUAUGCGUGUGUGCCGUGUAAAACGUCGUAUACGCGCGAAUCACGGACCCUGGUAUGUACACAUAACGAAUAGGAGUACCUGGUCAUAUUUCAUUGCGCAAUCGCGAUCGCGUUAUACGCAAUAUAUUAUAGUAAUGCGAUCGCGAUGGCGUUCAGCUGUUUUGGCAUUGUCGACGGCGGUAUUGUAAUGGAUUUUCGAUGCGCGGAGAAUAACGAAUUCGGGCGUCGGUCAACCGGACCGGCCGUAUAUAAGGGGGCUGACGGCCGGCAACCGAGCAUCAGUCGUCAACCGUCCGUUUUCGUUCGCUAACACAAAUCGAAAACCCGUCAAAACCGCCGCCGCCGCCGUCACCAUGAAAUUCCAAGUAAGUGUACCGCCCGCCAACGCCCGCGACCGUUGAACGGAGACGGCGGUCCCGAGCGAAUAUUAUUAAUAUUUCCGAACAGUCAAUGCGCGUUUCCGACCGCGUCGACGGACGCCGCCGACGCCGCCGAACGUAAUUUUCACUCGUCUUUUGCGAUUUUUCGACGGUCAUUCGCGACGCACUGUUGCACAUUGCCAUCGCUCGAUUGUUCAAUAGGAUAUUAUCCGCGCGCCGUAAAAAACCCGUUGUCUUACCAGCAGACACUCGCGGUUCUCAUUCCGUCUUGGCUCCCGGCGCGAUUGUAAACAUUUAAUUUGAUGUUUUUCGUUUCAGGUGUCAUUCAUCCUGCUCGCUCUGGCCGCGUGCUUCGUCGCCGCCGCCGAAGAAGCCAAGCCCGCGGCCGCCGCCGCCGCCACCAAGUCCGCCGCCGACCGAAGCAAACGCGGCCUGUACGCUCCGCUCGUCACUUCACCGUACGCCCCGGCAUACGCACCGUACGCGGCCCCGUACGCAGCCUCGUACGCCGCCCCGUACGUGGCCGCCCCGUACGCCGCCCCGUACGCCGCCCCGUACGCCGCCCCGUACGCGGCUGCCCCGUACGCUGUCGCCGCCCCGUACACUUCUUCGUACGUGUCUUCGUACACAGCUUACCCCUCGUACACCGGUUACGCUUCCCCGUAUGGAUUCUACUGA